CACACACGCGCAUCAUGAAGGCUCUGACAAUCGCUUGCGUCUUUGGAACGCUCGCUGGUGUCGCCCUAGCCGGCGGUUUCGGUGGUGGAUUCGGCGGCGGUUUCGGUGGUGGCUUCGGAGGUGGCCACGGCGGAGGUCUCACGGCCGUUCCAGUGACGGGCGUUGCCAUCAGCCACGGAGGUGGAGGAUAUGGAGGCUUCGGCGGCGGCGGUGGCGGCGGCUUCGGCGGUGGCGGCUUCGGAGGUUUCGGUGGCGGUGGCUUCGGUGGAGGAUUCGGGGGCGGAAGUAAGAUCGUGGCCGGGCCAUCGUAUCUAGUCAAGACGAUCCACCACAUCAACAAGUUGCACAGCGGCGGACAGCUCCUCGGCUACAGCGGUGGUGGAUUCGGUGGUGGACUUGGAGGAGGUUUCGGUGGUGGCUUCGGGGGCGGAUUCGGCGGAGGCGGCUUUGGAGGUGGCCUUGGAGGCGGCCACGGUGGAACAAUCGGCAUCAUCAAGAUCAAGGGAGGUGGCUACCAUUAAAGAACCAGUGAUCGAAUGGUCAAACGAAUUUCGUGUCUAGUGAAAUCUUCGCUGAAGACUGGCAGGAGCUGCGUCGACCUCAACGCUGGUGCAAAUCUCACCCAACGGUGCACAGUCAAGCGCCAAGCCGUUGAGGGCACUCCUCAGGGCGAAGAACAAAUGAGGACGGCAAACACGUCCUUGCCAUCAACAAGUGCCAGUCAAGUAUUAUUGUACAAUAAAUUAUUUUUUAC